GACAGUUGGAUGGAGGAGACAAGGCACGUACUCCCGAGCCCGCACUCAGAGUUCGCAGUGUUUCUGGGCGCCGGGGCCUGCACGGCUAAGCCCAGCCGGAGCAUGUCUGCCAGCGCCGGGCGGCCCAGCACGGUGACCGCCGGACCGGGCCAGGAGGAAACUCGAGAAGCAGCUGAAGGGUCCCUCUUUCAGACCAGGCCGGUACAGGAUGUGGGGGGCCCUGCUGAUGGCCCAGAGUUCCCUUUGUCUCUCGGCGCUGCUGCUCCUGCAGGCCCAAGCCCUCCAGACGGUGUCCCUGGGCCUGGCGCCCGGCGCCUUUGACGAUGCCUAUGUGGGCUGCGUGGGGGAAAUGGAGGCGGAUGUGGCCCCCCGGCUGCUUCAGGAGGAGUCGGCCCGCCACUCUGUCCUGAGGGAGUCCUGGGAGGCCGCAGCCACAGCCUGGGCCGCCCGGAAGGCAGCACUGUCCCUACCCCCGGGCUUCCGGGAUGCCCACGGAGUGGCAGUCCUGGUCUACACAAACGCCUCCACGGCCCUGUACCGGGAGCUGAAUGCCGCCGUGCGGACCGGCGGCAGCUCACGAAAGCACUACCUGGCCCGCUUCCCCUUCAAGGCCUUGCACUUCUACUUGACACGGGCACUGCAGCUGCUCGGGGCUGGCGCGGGCUGCCCAGUCAGCCCCGGGCGCGCCGUGUUCCGGGGCGUGGGCGGCCUGCGCUUCGAGCCCCUGGGGCUGGGGGCCUCCGUCCGCUUCGGCCAGUUCGCCUCCAGCACCGAGGCCGAGGAGGUGGCCCGGGGAUUCGGGACGGACACCUUCUUCUACCUCGGGACCUGCUUCGGGGCCCCGCUGGGGCCGUUGUCGGCCGCCCCAUGGGAGCGCGAGGUGCUGAUCCCGGCCCAUGAGGUCUUCCGUGUUGCCAACUUCUCCCGGAAUGGGGAGCGCAGCCUGAUGACCCUGAGGAGCACCGGACAGACCUGCAGUCACUUCAACUGUGCCUACCUGGGGGGAGAGAAGCAGCAGGACUGUGUUUUCACGUCAGGUGGCGAGGGCAACCAGCUGGCCCAGGAUCCUGGAAUUCUGCUGCCCAUGAGGACCCUGCUCCUACCCCCUGGGGGUCUCCAGCUCACAGACUUUGGCCAGGAAGUCUGACUCGGGAUGGGAACGGCUGCAGUUGGGGAGGGGUGGACUCCAGGGCUCUCUUUUCCCCCUCCCCCGGGGGUCCUGGAGGUGUGGCCAGAGCGGGAGCAGAGGCUGGCGGAGAAGGAUGGGGCCCAGCUGAAGCCCAGUGGUGGGAAUUCU